AUGGCUGUGACCCUCACAUCUGAGCUGGUCACUGCGCAAUUGGACCGACUGAGGUCAGGGCCCACAAGUGUCAGUGCCGUAUCUGCCUAUCCUGGGCUGCCCAAGCUGCAACCAAAGCGUCAGCUCUGGUCUGAGGAUGCAGCCACCUGCUGGAGUAGGAGCAGCAGAGGAGCCUGCACUGCCCAAGUCCUCCUCCUUGUUGUCAUCAUCCCGGUCCCCAUGCUAGGUCUGCUGCGGCAGUACUUGCUCGUCCUUGGGGUGCUGGCCCAUGCUGGUGCCUGCUGCAGCUGUGCUCCUACACACCCCUGCCCACCUCCUGCUGGCCACAUCUGCCCUCAGCAGUGGGCAGGGAUCUCCACUGGGAUUCUUCCCAAUGCCUCCACCUGGGCUGCCAAAAAGGUGGCUACAGAUAACCAGGAUGAGGCUGGGGGAAGCAUGCUGGCAACGCCCUGGGGCUCUCCUCACAGUCAGGCACUGUUCCACAGGCACUGUGGGACACUCACCUCGCAUCCUGCUGACUAUGCCACUCGUUGGGUCCUUCUGCACCCUCGCUGGGUCCGCCCCGUUUCUGUGGCUCCCGCAAACUUCAAAUGCACUGAAAAGCUGUCACUGCUCCUUUUGCUCUGGCGGAGACAGCCUCUGUGGAGGCUCCUACACCAGGAAGGGCGAAGAAAAAAGGAAGCAGCAUGUAUAAAAGCGAUUAAAGAUCAUUCUAAAGAUGAAGUCUACCUGGCAACAAUAAAGGUCAUCUGUGACCCCCAACCCAGUUGGCUUGGCAACAAAGGGCGGUGGUGUUACACUAACCCCAGCAACACCACGGCUGACUCUUACCACAGCUGAAGUAUAGAAGCCCCUGGUAAGUGGUUUUCUGAUGAUUUUCUAGCCAAAAGAAUUUAA